CAAGUCCCAAGUUCAAGUUUGAGUUCCGACUCUUCCUCUCCCCCUCUCUCUCUCUCCUCUUCCAUCCCCUCUCUCUCUCUGCCGAAAUCUUUGUGCGCUGCGCUUUCUGCAUAUCUCUGCGUUGCAAUGGGAGAGAUCGACUGCCAAUUUCGCUUCCGGUUCACAGGGUUGGGACCAGAAGCAGGUGCUCCUUUGGCGUCUCAUCCUCAUGUUGACAAGAUUGCCUUUACAGGCAGUAAUGCCACAGGGGUUAAAAUCAUGACUGCUGCAGCCCAGCUUGUCAAGCCCGUAACACUUGUGCUUGGUGGCAAAAGCCCUAUAGUUAUAUUUGUGAGGAUUGUAGUGACCUUGAUAAAGUCUUGUGCAUCCUUCAACCUCACGCCCUGUCCUCUUCCCUUGCCACACCGGAAUCACUGCUGUCCCUUGCCUCACUGCCUUCAAGCGAAAGCUUCCAGCCGCUGGUCACGCACUCCGAGCUCCAUCGUCGGUUGCCAGUCCAAGCUAGGGCUGCAAAUGAGCAGUUCGCGAGCCGCUCGGUCAAAGCUCGAUUCGAGCUCGGUCAAAGUCGAGUUCGAGCCGAGCUCGAGCGGCUCAUUUAACAAUUGAGCCGAACUCGAGCUUUAAUGUCUUAGGCUCGUGGCUCGAUGAGGCAGCCAGAAGAGGCGCAAGUGUUAGAGAGAGUUGGGGUUUAUGGAUUUGGCGGCGGCAGCCAGAAGAGGCGCAAGUAUGAUGUUCAGGAAGAAGAUGAUACCAUGGAAAUGGUGCAGAUUGGAGCUGAGAGGACCAAGAAUGUGUUGAUUCUCAUGAGUGACACCGGCGGCGGCCACCGUGCUUCGGCAGAGGCGAUUCGUGAUGCCUUCAAGCUGGAAUUUGGUGAUGAAUACAGGUUAUGGCCAGGAACAAAGGACUCGUUCCAUCAGCACCUGGAGAGAUUUCAGUUCAAAGAAAACAGUUAAAGGCCAUUAUCCAGUCACUUCUUCCAGCUUGUACAGAAACGGGACAGCCUUUCAGGGUUCAAGCAAUUAUUGCAAAUCCCCCUGCAUAUGGCAAGGGUAUAUAUACAUGCAUGUAUGCUUGACAGAUUAUGUAUGCUGUUGUUAACUGAGCCACAUAUAUUCUUCUUUACUUUGCUGCUUCCUGCAGAGUGCAGGGGCUUCCAACACCUAUGAACACACAACCCCUAAUGCCAAAACCGUUUCAUGUCAACAUUACAUUAUUAAACCAUCAAUUCUGUGAAAGCAACUAGAUAGUGCUUGCCAAAACUCACCAGCCAACCAUCAAACGUGUGGAACACAACACACCUUGAGGACCUGAAAUCUGUGGUAAUUCCAUUCCAUUUUGAAUGUCUCUCUUGGUUAAUUCUAAGAGCAGAACAGCAGCUAGUUUCAAAUGUGAGUGGUUUUUUCUUGUAAUGGAUUGAGACAUUGUUGCAUCAGAAUCCUUCCCAUCCCAGCAACUCUUUGAAAAGAGUUAAAAACUUUUCUUUUAAGGAUUUCUUUAGAAUAUAUUGAAUAUCAUUCUAGAUUAAAAACUGCUCUAUCUGCGGUUAAUUGUAAGCAUUAAUCCUGUCAUAUCGUAUUUAAUAUGCAGACAAAAAAGAGAAUGCUGUCUUUAAUAUGCACAUAGAAUGGGUUCUG